GCGCAUAAAGCCCGACCGCUCCGCACCGGGAGCGCGCAUCGAUGUGGCGCUCCGCAUUCGAUCAGUGAUCAGCAGCGAUUUACAGCCGCGAUCCGGCGUCCGAACGGGGGGGUUUCGAUUGCAGAUCGCCGCACAUCAGGUCCGCUUAGACCUUUUGUAGAUGUUGGGGGGAGAAAUCUGACGGUUUCGCUCGGCCGGUUCGCUCUCCGGUGCGCGAUUGAUUCGGACGUCCUGUACACCAGCCAGGCACGCAGUGCCCCCGCUCAUCUUACCCCCACCCGGGGUGCUUCACCCAUAAGAUAAAUGAUAAUGGAAGACAAACGCAAGAAACGGAGCCCAAAGGUGUCCCUUCCCCAGCCCCCUCCUCCCCCCGUCAACCCUCGCAAGGUCUGCGUCAUGCCGGCCAGCAAAAGUGCCACCUUCUCCCUCGGCCUGCCGCAGCCCCCCUCCCCCAAGAACCGGGGCAAGUUCAAGAGGUCCAUCGGAGCGCCGGGGCAGCCCAAGGAGGUGUUCACGGCCGUGGUUGCUCCACCGAAGAUCACCAGGCCCCCCAAGGAGAAGCCCAGGGCCCCCCAGCCCGCCGGCCCCAGCAGGGUGGUCCAGUCCUCCCCCCUGCAGCACUCGUUUCUCACAGACGUCUCGGAUGUGAGAGAGAUGGAGGGAGGCCUCCUCAACCUCCUCAAUGACUUUCACUCGGGCAAACUACAGGCUUUCGGUAAGGUGUGCUCCUUUGAGCAGCUGGAGCAUGUGAGGGAGAUGCAGGAGAAGCUGGCUCAACUACACUUCAGCCUGGACAGCCACGUGGAGGAGCUUUCAGAGGACCAGAGGAAGUGCGCCGCCGACCACAACCUGGAGCACCUGCUCUGUAACCUGGAGGAGCUCAGCACCUCGAUACAAAAGCUCCACUUGGCAGAGAACCAGGACGUGCCCAAGACAUCCGGCCCCUGACACGCUCCCCUUCUCCCAACAUCUCACCAGUCCGGGUUGCCAUGGCAUCGAUCCAGCUGCCUUAGUAACGAAAUGGAAAGAUCUACAGGAGGAGGAGGAGCCAUUUCUCCAUUCGGUCGGUGAAGCAGAGGGAACAAUUCAGUGACUCAAAACCAAACCCAUUCCCCCCCCCCAGUUAUGGCGCAUUAAACAAUCAGACGGUUUGUCAAGCCGCCGGGCGUGACAACGUCGUGUUCAAGUCUUUUGCGUGUUCCUGGAAGUUGCGUAACGAUUCAUUUAAUCCAGGUGGAGGCCUCGGUUUUCUAUGUCACAAAAUCAAACUUCCGAACCCUUUUCCAGAAGUUGAUUUCACAGUACGCCUCGUCUCUUGCAUCAUCUCAGAAGGUUUGCCUCACUGUUUGCAAAGUUAAGAACUAGAACUUGUCGACACCACUGUGGUUCGCUCAGAACUUAGAAAGGGAGUUUUCACUUUUGCUAUUAUUCAGAAUGCCCUUCGUUGCUUUUAUAGGUUUAAUAGUGGAAAAUAAAUACUGGAUUGAAUGAAAGAUGGGAUCUUUGAUACAUUUUAAAGGGUCUAUGUAAAAAGAUACUAAAUGUAUGUUUGAUAAACCUGCAUGUAAAAUGGUUACUAUCUUUUGCCAAUGUGCGAUCAAGCUACUGUAUUUGUUGACACUGAUGGGUUGAAAUAACUUGAGCUGGGAUGAUUUCGUGGGAACUUUUUCAGGGUUAUUACUGUACUGAAAUGCUCUAAAAUGAUCUACUGUAACACAUGAUACUGUGUUGUUUGAUAGCACAUCUAAAGCGGUGCGCUGAAAGAAUGGCAGCUACUUUUAUAAUUAAAGGUUUAGGUGGUCAGAUUGUGA